AUGGACGCAGCACUCAUGGUGUCCGUCUCUCUGCUUGGACUGGCUCUUGUCCUGCUCUCCUUCCCUGAGCAUGCUUCUCUGAACAGGGUAUUUGACAACACCUCAGUGUCAGGAGCUGUGUAUCCAGGAUCUGUAUUUGUAAGGGAGGCACUUCAGAGGGCGAUUGAGCUGACGGAUGCUGCUUACGCACGCACAAGUGAACGGGUAAAGAAGACCCUGUCUGAGGGCGCUCUGAGACCCAGUGACCUGCUGGCUCAGUUUAAACAGACUGAAGCCAAGACCAGGACUCAGAUCAGGGCUGCAGAACUGUUGGACAACACAGUGGAGCUGAUCAGAGAGAUGGUCUACACUCACACAAUGGUGCAGCCCGACCAUCAGGAGCUGCUGAGUGAAAGAGACAUGGAGAAUCUGCUGCAGGUGACUGGCUGCUCCGCUGAGCUGCAGAGACCCAGCUGUGACACCGACUGUCUGUCUGAGCGCUACAGAUCCAUCACAGGAGAGUGCAACAACAGACAUAAUCCCAGAUGGGGAGCUGCAAACAUCCCAUAUUCCCGCUGGCUGCCUGCAGAGUACGAGGAUGUGUGGGGGAUGCCCAGAAGCUGGGACCCAGAGCACACCUACCAUAACGCCAGUCUGCCUCCAGUGCGGCUGGUGUCUCAGGAAGUGCUGUUCACUCACAAUGACAACAUCUCCCUGGACUCCACUCUCUCCCACCUGCUGGUGGAAUGGGGUCAGUGGAUUGACCACGAUGUGGUCCUGACGCCUCAGAGCCCCAGUACGUCCGCAUUCAGGACAGGAGCUGACUGCACACACACCUGCAGCCGGGACACGCCGUGCUUCCCCAUACAGAUCCCUCUGUCAGAUCCUCGCAGUGGCGUCCAGAGUUGUAUGCCUUUCUUCCGCUCUGCUCCCAGCUGUGUUGCUGGAGUCCCGACUCAUCGCCACCGAGAGCAGCUCAACGCCAUCACCUCGUUUGUAGAUGCCAGUAUGGUGUACGGCAGCUCCACUGGCAUGGCCUCGACUCUGAGAAACCGCUCAUCUCCUCUGGGCUCAAUGACCCUCAACUCCAAGCACUCAGACCAUGAGCUGGCCUACAUGCCAUAUUUGCCACGCCAACAGCCUCACCUGGACCCCUGCGGCCCCCGAAACUCCAUCACCUCAGGGGCAUUGGAAAGAUCCAGGCAGCAGGAGAACACCACAUCCUGCUUUCAAGCUGGUGAUUCAAGAGCUAAUGAACAUCUGGGUAUGAUCGCACUGCACACACUCUUUCUGAGAGAGCACAACCGGCUGGUCAAAGAGCUGCACCUGCUCAACCCUCGCUGGAGCCCUGAUACACUUUAUCAGGAGGCCCGCAAGAUCAUGGGAGCCGUUCAUCAGAUCCUAACAUGGGAGCACUACGUGCCGCGGGUCCUCGGAGAGAGUGCCAUGUCUCGUCUGAUGCCUCCUUAUAAGGGGUAUGAUCCCGAGGUGGAUCCCAGCAUCGCUAACGUCUUUGCAGCUGCUGCAUUCCGUUUUGCCCACGUCACCGUGCAGCCAGUGGUGACCAGGCUGGGGCCAGGAUACACCACCCACGCCCAGCAUCCCCAGCUGCCUCUGCAUCAUUCCCUGUUUGCGUCUUGGAGGGUCGUGCAGGAAGGUGGUAUAGACCCUGUGCUGCGCGGCCUGUUGCUGUCUCCGGCAAAGCUGCAGACUCCAGGUCAGAUGAUGGUGGAGGAGCUGACAGAGAGGCUGUUUCAGGCACAGGGAGGGAUGCCUCUGGACCUCGGGGCCCUUAACCUCCAGAGGGGCCGGGAUCACGGCCUGCCUGGAUACGGCUCAUGGAGAAAGUCCUGCAGCCUCUCUGUUCCCAAUACUACAUCAGAACUGGCCGAAAUUCUGGCUAACUUCACUUUGGCUCACAAACUCCAGCUCCUCUACGGGACGCCACACAACAUCGAUGUGUGGGUCGGGGCCAUCUCUGAGCCCGCUCUUCCAGGAGGCCGAGUCGGACCACUGCUGUCCUGCCUGCUGGCGAAACAGUUCAUAGCGCUGAGAGAUGGGGACAGGUUUUGGUGGGAGAGAGAAGGAGUGUUCACCAGCACCCAGAGGAGACACCUCCACGGCGUCUCUUUGUCUCGUAUCAUUUGUGACAACAGCCACAUCACUCAUGUCCCCGCUGACCCGUUCUCACGUACCGAGAGGCCAGAGGACAUGCUGGCCUGUUCGCACCCGCUGAUCUCCCACCUCAACCUCAGCCCCUGGAAAGAACCAGACACAGAUCCCAACUGUGGUCCGAUACCCAGGAUUCAAUCUGGCUACUCCCUGCUCUGUGACUCUGUGAUUCUGUAUCAGUGUCACUCUGGCUUCAAGCUGCUGGGAUCGUCGUCUGUCAGCUGUGAUCCAAACAGCCAGAAGUGGAGCCCCACACCCCCAACGUGUCAAGAUAUUAAUGAAUGUAUAGAACAAACUUCUGUCUGCCCACUAAAUCUGGAGUGUCUCAACAUACCCGGUUCCUUUAUUUGCUCAGAACCCUCCUCGCUGUCCGUCGUCUCCGUCGUCACUGCAGUGGUAGUAGUGAUCGGUGGUGUGGCGGCUCUGCUGAUGAUCAUGUUCUGUUGUCGAAGAUAUUUUCCGAAGAAAGAAGAGUUGGUCAAUGCCGGAUGUUGCCAGGGGAAAAGUUAA